AUGACGUCAACGGCGUUGUUCCUGUUCACUCUUGCGCUUUCAGAUACGCUCAUAUUGAUCGGAACUCUGAGAGAUUGGGUGCUUUAUAUCUGGGACAUUGACAUCCGGAUGCUGAAUAGCCCCUGGUGUAAAGCGCACCUUUACUUGAUCUACUGCAGCAUCCACCUCUCCUCGUGGCUGAUGGUGGCUGUCACGCUCGAGAGAACAGCUUGCGUGCUCUUCCCGCAUAAAGUGAGAUUGAUGUGUUCCCCACGAAACGCUGAACUGAUCAUCGUCACCAUUGUGCUAGCCGUGUUUGGAAUUAAUAUCAUUAUACCCGUGGUAUUUGAUGUGAAUGGAUACCUGGGCAGGGAGUGCACACUCUCCGCGAAGGAAUACAGAGACCUAUGGGACUAUGUUUAUCAAUGGACAGACCUCACGUUUUCGUUCGGCGCGCCUUUCAUACUGCUCCUAAUUUGGAACGUCAUUAUCGUAGUGCAGCUCUUGCGCUCCCGUUCCAGACGUCAGCGGAUGAGCAUUUCCGGUCAGUCGCGCGACACGCGUCAAGUGUCGAUGCUUAUGAUUGCCCUUUGCGUGUUGUUCGUCUAUCAGCUUGAGAAGAUCGAUGCGCUCAAGACAGUGGAUCCAAGCACGGCCUGGUACGACUAUCAGUUCCUGCUGUUCCAGGCGACUGUUGUCAACCUGGUUGGCUUCUUCAAUGCAACCUUCUACUUUGCCAUCUAUGUGUUCAGCGGCUCGAAGUUCCGCGCAGAGCUUAAUAGCCUGCUUUGUUGUAAGGAAAGAAAGGACACCAGCCUGUUUGGAAGCUAG